GUAGUGGGGGCACGCCCUCGCCUCGCCGUCGUCACAAAUACAGAACGUUUCUCUAGGUUUGGUUCACGACAAGUGCAGAAGAUUAAUUUUGUUUAUUGACAUAAAAAUGUCCUCAUGAUUUGGACACGAUUCGCUGAUACAGUGUGAAUCCAAGACAUUUUCGAAAUGGCGUUCUCCUCUCAUCGUUAUUAUAUUAUCUGAACUAACUUUGUUUAUCACAGGACGUUCAAAAAUUAGUGCUUGGAUCGACAUAUCAUGGUAAACCAUGAUUCUCUAUUUUACCUUUGUUAUCCUCCAAGUGAUACUACUUCGCCCCCAUGUGACUACGUCUGAACUAUCAGCUUUUCAAUGCGGCCCGUCCUUCAGAGGCCGGUGUCUUUGUGGCAGUACAGCCAAGGAGGCGUUCCUGGUCAACUGUACAAACACUGGUUUCACUAAUACAAGUAUGCUUCAGAACUUGCCACUAGAAACAGAGUCUCUUAUAUUCACUGGCAAUAAUAUUCCUAUUUUGCCAUGGAAUGUCUUUGGAGAUCAAGACCAAACUCCUCAUUUAAAAGAGGUGGAUAUGUCCAACAAUGCAAUAAAAGAAAUUAGAGGCAAAGCAUACCACCAUGUGGCCAGUGUGGAACUUCUCAUUCUUGACCACAACGAGCUAUCGUUAUCUUCACUGAAAACAGGGGAAGAAGUUCACCGCCACUCUCGGAUGUUCUCUAAUUUCCUUAAUCUAAGGGCAUUACAUUUAACAAAUGCUUUUAAAGAUAACUCGCCCGCCAAUCUUGCCAAUGAUCUUCAUGACAUUUUUAUAAACAGCAAUUUAUCAGUUUUGAUAAAGCUGCACCUUGAGCAAAAUGAACUGACGGGUUUUGCAGAUCCUAUGGUGUUCUGUGACUUGCCAGCCUUAAUGGACCUUCAUCUAGGUGAUAAUCUUCUUCGGAAUCUUCAUUUUAAUAUUACUUGUUUGCACCACUUGAGGUUUCUUGAUCUUCGUAAAAACCGUAUCACACGGUUAAGUAAGUCUGAUCUUGGUACUCUUGAUGAGUUCCCCGCUAGAGGGCAGCCCCUCACUAUUGAUUUGGGAGGCAACCCCUUAUGUGAUUGCUCGGAUUUGCUGCAAUGGCUGAACACCACUAAAGUAAUUGUUCGUAAUAAAGAUUCUUUGGUUUGCAAUCCUUCAUCUGCAGUGAGUGGCAACACCCAGGAGGACGCUUUUCAACAUGUCUCAUGUACAACAUUGCACAAAACUGCUACUGCUAAUGUUGCCAAAAGUACUCCUCAGGGUAUGGGCAGGGGAGCCGCCUUAUCAGUGGUUCUUCUGGCUUUGGCCGGUGUUGCGUUAGUCAUUGGUUUGAUUUACCUUAGACGUAUUCAAUUCAAAGCGCAUCGUGGUUUACUAGAUACUGUCUCAAGAAAAGUUCAGUAUACAACUAUUGGACAUCAUGAAGAGGAAGUGGAUGUAUAAAUCACAAAGAUGUUGGCACCUCAAAAAUCCUGUCUCUCAUAUUUGUUACCAACUACUUUACAAAUAUUCUUUGCAAUGGCAUCUAAAACAUUAAGAACCUGGGAAAGUUGAGAAAAAUGCCAACAGGAAAAUCUCAAAAGCAGGAAAUAGGAAUCAUCAGAGAGUACCUAUCCAUUCAGCUAGUAAAAGGACUGUCUUUGCAGGGUUUGACUCAUUAUUUUCCUUACUUGGUGUCAACUUCUUAAACUUUGAACUUAUUCUAAAAUUUCAGUAUUUAACAUAAAUAUUUUGUGAAGUAAAAUCAUGAGAGGAAGUGACUUGUUAUUAUUUGAACGGGCUAUUAGAAGUCAGCAAUUGGUUAGAAGUGCCCUAUUGCGACUUAAAUUAUCAGUAUUAAGAGGGGUGUGAAACAAACUGUCCAUUUGAUAUCAAUGUCUCAAUGAAUUUGGCCACUAAAACAGAUUUAUUUCAUGUUGUUUGUGGUUAUGGUAUUGCAUUGCAAGUAUGACCAUAAAACACUAUGCAUAAAGGUCAUGUAAAAAAAAAUUUGACUGGUUUUUGUGGUACUUAUUGCAUUGCCUUUUUUUCUACUUUAAAAAAAAAACUGUAUUUAUGACUGAGUGCACAACCCACAUUUCUAGACUGACCGCAGUAGCAGUUCAUCCUUGUUGUAAUUUUUGUAUCUGAAGCUUUAAGUUUCUCCUCAAACUCUCAGCAGUGAAUAAUGUCAAUCACUAAUUCUAAAACACAGGCUAAUUUUUUUCGCAGUUCAAGUGGUUACAUCAGGAUGAUAUUAAAUAUUAAGCUCAAUUCAAAUGAGGAGGGAUAAUUUGUGUUCUGCUAAUCUUAGUAAUAUGACCACCUUAGUUAGGCUUUUGUUAAAUGACUGCUGGACUUGUACUGUCCUUUUAAUGGAUCUGUGAUUCAGUUUUGUUUUCUCUUAACCAAUGUAUCAAACUUAAUGUUAAGGGACCACUAGUAUGUUUGUGCCAUUUUGUACUUAAUUUCAUUUUAUUUGUGCGGUAAAUUAAUAGGUUUUUCUUUUACAUUUUAGUCUUAGUAAAGCUAAGACAGAUGGCAGCUGUAUCCUAAUAUUACUGUAUUGUUGCACUGUAUUCUUGUUCUAUUUUCUAAACGUUUUGAAUGUUUUCAGAUCUUACUGUGUGCUUGGUUUUGUAUGUACAUUUGGGUUAAUAUAUAUAUUUUAUAUAAUGUUA